AUGGAUAAUUUACAACAAGCAACUAGAAAUUCGUUCGAACCUCAGCAAUAUUUGCAAGCAAAGGCAACUUACACCCAACAUCCUAUACUAUUUCAUAUAAUACAAGUUGCUGAUAUUUCCAGAUCGCGUUUGAACCAAUUAGAUGAAUGGCAAGAAUAUGAAGAUCCAAAUAGUGUAUCGGUAGACCGAGUAAGUAAAUUCAACAACAAGAAAUACCUGGGUAAUCGCAUAAUUAGAGAAGUUGAUAUGAAUACAGAUAAUGGAAUGAAUAGAGAUAAUUCUAAACAUUUUGGAGGCAUAUAUAAGUUGACGUUGAAAGACAAUUUUGAAAACUACUGCUUUGCCUACGAAUAUAAUGACUGUUUGCAAUUCUUACGACUGAACAGUUCUACGGGGACACCUUUAGGUAUCCCAUUGGGAGGUAGACUUCUUGUGAAGAAAGGUACUCUUGUUAUGAACGGUGCCAUAAUGUUGAAGAAAAUACAAUGUCAAUAUUUGGGAAUUGAUGAAAAUGAUAAGACUCUUUCAGAAAAAUUGAAUAGCGGAAUAGUUAAGAAACACAUUGAUUUGCUAAAUGAAGAACUUACUUCGAAUCCUUGA